CGUUCACAUCCACAAACAUUAUAACCAUCCGAAAAGUGCAAGAGGCCUGACUGCAGAGGUGCAUUUAGAGCAUUAGGAUAACGGCAACAUGAUCUUGAAGAACCUCAUUCGUAAAAGCCAUGGUAUGGCUGUGGUAGAGGCAGUAGAGGGCCUGGCAGGGAAGUUCCGGGGGAGCAUGGCAGGAGCUCUGAUGGGGGACUGCUUGGGGGCACCCUUUGAGGGAGAGUCAAGGGCCUCUCGCUCUGUCCUCAACUCAUACUUCAGGAGGCUGGCAGAUCCUGCACUCAAGGUUCCCUACAAGCUGUACACUGAUGACACAGCCAUGACAAGGUGUGUUGCACAGUCCCUGAUAGAUGAAAAAGGCUAUUGUGCAACAGAUAUGGCUAAAAAGUUUGUGAAGGAGUACUACAACGAGCCCAAGAGAGGCUACGGGUCCAAUGUGACUGAUGUCUUCGCUGCUCUCCGCGCCACAAAGUUCCAGGAUGUGUAUGCACCAGCGGGGAUUCAGUUUGGUGGCCGAGGCUCCUACGGGAACGGGGCUGCCAUGAGAAUUGCUCCUGUUGCACUCUUCUGUUAUGAUGCCCCUGACAAAGAGGUAGUUCACAUUGCUAAAGAUUCCUCUCUUCUGACCCAUGCCAACAGGCUCGGGUACAAUGGAGCGGUGUUGCAGUGUCUGGCUGUCCACCAAGCUCUCCACACUCCCAUCAACAAACUAGACUCGGUGAAUUUCAUAGAAUCUCUCAUCACCAAAAUGAAGACUGUGGAAACACCAGAGGAAGAUGAUAUACUAAAUGAGGGUGAGAAUCCUUUCAUUUAUGUCAAGAAGUUGGAGAAACUUUUGGAGUUGAUGGAGCAAGGCAACUCAGUGACACAGAGCCAAGUUGAGGACACACUUGGGGUCUACAUCUCUGCCCACAUGUCGGUACCAACUGCUAUUUACUCCUUCAUCAGAGCCACAAAUCCUGUUACCAAUAUUGAGUCUGAUAAUGCUUUCCUGAGGACCAUCCAUUAUGCCAUCAGUCUUGGUGGAGACACAGACACCAUAGCAUCCAUGGCUGGAAGUAUUGCAGGUGCAUAUUAUGGCUUUUCGGAAAUCCCUGAGAGCUUCCAUAGGCACUGUGAAGCUCUUCCAGAUGCCAUCGAACAGGCAGAUCAGCUCUUCAAGAUGAGGAAGGCCAAAUCGACAGAGACGUGAAUGUUUGUUAGUUGAAGAAUUUACAUUUAGUAUUACCCACUUCACAGUUUUAGAGUCACAUUCAAACUGCAAGGUCAUUUUACUGCCAAGGCCUAUAAUAGACAGUGGGAAGAUGAUUAGCAAUUAGGUCAUCUCCCAUGUAGACCUAAAAAUGGGGCUAUCAGUUAGGUAGAGUGUGGGAAUAAAUGGUACUUCCUAUCCUAGGAUGUGUAUGGUUUUACAGACUAUGAAUAAGCUGUAACAAAUUUAUGUCUAUUUAUUCUCUUUUUUGAGAAAGGAAGUUUAUGAAAGAUAUGCUUUCAAGAUGUUUAUUGUAUAUAUUAGUGAUAACUUUAGUGCAGAUGUUGUCUCCUAUUCUUGUUAUGUCAAACAGUUCAGCAUAUCAUGUAUUUUAAUGUAUACUAUUAUUAUGGCUAAGAGAUUGUAAUUUCCGUGAAAUUAAUGUGUGGAUUUUAUAAUUAGUAUGCCUUAAUUUUGAGAUUUACAUAAAUUAAGAUUCAUUGGUUCCCUUGUGGCAAUUAAUUUUAUAAAAUCCAUUUAAUCUGUUUCAGAAUUAUUUACAUAUUUAGUUUAUUCAAAUUUAUGUUGUUUAAUUUUUUUUCUAAGAACCAGUUUUUUAAAAUGUUCAAGGUAUUGGUUUAGAUGCAGUGUACAUUUCCAUGAGCCGAGUUCAUUGAAUAUAGAGAAGGCAUGAAUGAAUGACUAGCUCCAAGCACUUCAAUGCUAUGUCUUUUUUUAGAAUUCCAAGUGGUUUUGAUAAUGUUGCAUAGAAAUGUACUUUACAUUAUUUGCAUUGUAAAGUUCUUUUCAUUCAUGCCUUUUUUACAUUGUAUUUCAGUAAUGUCUUUGGUAUGAGUACAGAGUGGUGGAGUUCGAAGAGCAUAUUACUCACCGCACAAUUGUCUUAGCAAUCUUUUAGCCUUUUAUUCUCUCCAAUACAUUACUGUAGAUUCUCCACAUAAUACACAAAUGAUUUUAUAAUUGUCACAUAUCAGGAGUAUAUAGAUGUAAAGACAGCCAAUUGUACAGAUUUAGAAUAAUAUGAAAAUCCCACUAAUAUGUAAAAGCAUUUCCUGGUAUGUAUACUAAUUACAUUCCUAGACCUUU